GUCAUUGCCGCCGUGCACGGACCCUGCAUCGGAGCCGGUGUUGACCUGAUCUCGGCCUGUGACAUCCGGUUCUGCUCCCAGGACGCCUCGUUCCAGGUCAAGGAGGUUGACAUCGGGCUGGCGGCCGACGUGGGGACCCUCCAGCGCCUCCCCAAAAUCGUGGGGAGCCAGAGCCUGGUGAACGAGUUGGCCUUCACUGCCCGCAGGAUGUUGGCGUCCGAGGCCCUGAGCUGCGGCCUCGUCAGCCGGGUGCUGCCCGACAAGGCCGCGCUGCUGGAGGUGGCCCUGGGGGUGGCCGUGGCCAUCGCCGCCCGCAGCCCCGUGGCCGUGCAGGGCACCAAGAUCAACCUCGUCUACUCCAGGGACCGACCCACCCCCGAGGGGCUGCAGCACAUGGCCACGUGGAACAUGGCCAUGCUGCAGACCGAGGACAUCCUCAAGUCGGUGCAGGCGGCCCUGGAGAAGAAGGGCCCCGAGGAGGUCCCCUUUGCCAAGCUCUGAUGUCACCGGGGUGCCACCAAGGUCCCCUCCGUGUCCCCAACGUCCCCUCCCUUCCCCAGGCUCUGGUGUCACCUGGGUGCCACCAGUGUCCCCUUCACCCGGCCUUAAUGUCACCUCAGUGCCACCAACCCCCUCUGGAUGUCCCCCAGGCUCUGGUGUCACCUCAGUGCCACCAACCCCCUCUGGAUGUCCCCCAGGCUCUGGUGUCACCUCAGUGCCACCAACCCCCUCUGGAUGUCCCCCAGGCUCUGGUGUCACCUCAGUGCCACCAACCCCCUCUGGAUGUCCCCCAGGCUCUGGUGUCACCUCAGUGCCACCAACCCCCUCUGGAUGUCCCCCAGGCUCUGGUGUCACCUCAGUGCCACCACCCCCUCCCCAGUGUCCCCUUCCCGGGGCUCUGGUGUCCCCUCGGGGUCCCCAAUAAA